GGCGAGAAUGUCGCUGGAAGAUGUCCACACUUCUGCAGAUGGGGGAAGGUCCCCCAGAGGUUCUUUGGGGAAGUGGGGGACCGGGUGGGUGCACCCUCCCAUCAUUUCCCCAACCCCGCUGGCUCCAGGGCCGGAGCCGUGACGUCACGGCGGCUGGAAGUGCCCGGCGGUGGCGCGGGAGGGGGUGGCCGAGCCGGCGCCUUAUAAAGCUGAGCCCGCGAGGCGCGCAGAGCCGCAGCCGCGCGUCCCCAGUGUCACCCCAUCCCCAUCCCGCCGGCCACCGCCCCCUUGGACCUGGUCAUCUCGGCCAUCGCGGCCCUCCAUCCCCCCCACCCCACUGGGGUGGGUAAGCGACAGCUUGAGUGCCGAGCAGAAGGGACAGAACACCUGCUUUUUGAGGCGCUGGCGCGGGGCAUGAGGCGAGGGGCGCGAUGUCGGUGCCGCUGCUCAAGAUCGGGGCGGUGCUGAGCACCAUGGCCAUGGUCACUAACUGGAUGUCGCAGACGCUGCCCUCACUCGUGGGACUCAACAACACAGUGUCCCGCGCGGGUUCCUCGGAGAAAAUCACUCUCUUCCAGAGUCCAGAAGAGGGCUGGCAGCUCUACACCUCUGCCCAGGCACCCGAUGGCAAAUGCAUCUGCACGGCUGUGAUCCCGGCACAGAGCACCUGCGCCCGAGACGGUCGGAGCAGAGAGCUUCGGCAGCUCAUGGAGAAGGUCCAGAAUGUGUCUCAGUCCAUGGAGGUCCUAGAAUUAAGGACAUAUCGGGAUCUCCAGUAUGUUCGCAGCAUGGAAACGCUCAUGCGGAGCCUGGAUGCAAGGCUCAGGGCAGCUGAUGGGUCAGUCUCGGCUAAAAGCUUCCAGGAACUGAAGGACAGGAUGACGGAGCUGCUGCCCCUGAGCUCGGUGCUGGAGCAGUACAAGGCAGACACGCGGACCAUUGUGCGCCUGCGGGAGGAAGUGAGGAACCUUUCUGGCAACCUGGCUGCCAUCCAGGAGGAAAUGGGAGCCUAUGGGUACGAGGACCUGCAGCAACGCGUCAUGGCCCUGGAGGCACGACUCCACGCCUGCGCACAGAAGCUGGGCUGUGGGAAGCUGACAGGGGUCAGUAACCCCAUUACCAUUCGGGCCAUGGGGUCCCGAUUCGGCUCCUGGAUGACGGACACAAUGGCCCCCAGUGCAGACAGUCGGGUCUGGUACAUGGAUGGCUAUUACAAAGGCCGCCGAGUGCUGGAGUUCCGUACUCUGGGAGACUUCAUCAAAGGCCAGAACUUCAUCCAGCACCUGCUGCCACAGCCGUGGGCAGGUACGGGCCAUGUGGUGUACAACGGCUCUCUGUUCUACAACAAGUACCAGAGCAAUGUGGUGGUCAAGUACCACUUCCGGUCGCGCUCCGUGUUGGUGCAGAGGAGCCUCCCUGGGGCUGGCUACAACAACACUUUCCCCUAUUCCUGGGGUGGCUUCUCGGACAUGGACUUCAUGGUAGACGAGAGUGGGCUGUGGGCUGUGUACACUACUAACCAGAAUGCGGGCAACAUCGUUGUCAGUCGGCUGGACCCUCACACCCUGGAGGUCGUGAGGUCCUGGGACACCGGGUACCCCAAGCGCAGUGCCGGGGAGGCCUUCAUGAUCUGCGGCGUCCUCUAUGUGACCAACUCUCACCUGGCCGGAGCCAAGGUCUACUUUGCCUACUUCACCAACACAUCCAGCUACGAGUACACGGAUGUGCCCUUCCACAACCAGUACUCGCACAUUUCCAUGCUGGAUUAUAACCCCAGGGAGCGGGCCCUGUAUACCUGGAACAACGGGCACCAGGUGCUGUACAACGUCACCCUCUUCCACGUCAUCAGCACUGCCGGGGACCCCUAGGCGUCCCUGCAAAAGCUGUGGGGAUCCUUCCCACAUUGCUUGUGACCCCCUCAACCUUCUCCUGGCCAUGCCCUUCCUUUCCUAGAUUCCUUCUCUCUCCACCUUCCCAGCCCAGCUUUCUGUUCUCUGUAUCUCUGUGCUUUUUCUCCAUUUUAUUGAUCUUUUGAUACUUCACUUCUGAGUCUUUCUGACUUUUUUUGGAUGCUUCUCUUCCUUAUGACCAAACCCCUCUCCUCUCCCUCAGCCCACUCUCCAUCCUUCCCUCCCUUCCUUGUUUCCCACACAUUCCUUAUCCCUCCCUCCCUCCCUCUGGAUCUGAGUGCAUGGAUUUUUUUUUUAUUUAUUUACAAUUUUCUUUCCGGGUUGCCAGAAUAAACCGGACCUUUGACAUUUGAUGCCUGGGUUGCUCUGUACCCAGUGGUGGUUCGAGGAGACUUGACUCCACUGACUCUUUUUAUCCCAUGCUUAGAGAGGACCUGAGGUGGGAUCCUGUAACGCUCCUCCCCCAAGAGAAGCCCACCCAAUCAAUCCAAAGGUGUUUCAGCCAAAAGCAAUUCAUUUAAAAGCAGUUGGGAUCAGAACAGAACCCUAUUAUGAUGAUGAAAACUGGUCUUAAAUGCGUAUUCCCUGGUUGCUGGCUCAUUCAUUGAUCUCGGUAGCGCAUCACUGGGCUGUCUGAUGAUGUUCUAAUGGCUUUUUAAUAAUUUGGCUGCUUGAGAAACCCUGUCUCGAAAAUCAAAAAAAAAAAAAUUGGCUGCUUUUGAGAGAGGUGAGGCCCCUCAAUUUCUUCUGUGCUUUGUAAUUGUGGAAAUCGCUUCUACACAAGCCAUGCUAGUUAAUAGCAAGAUUCAAAGUAACUUAAAAGGUGCACAGAGCCAGGUUUUGGACAAACCCACUGCAUUCCACCUAAGAAUUCUUUUGCCUAUAACAGGCUGGGACAGAGUCCUGGGAGGUGGAUAGGCUAAAAUGGAGGUGUCAGGAUUCCUCCUUAGGUAACCUCCUGGACCUAGCAAUUAUUUCUCAUUCUUCCUUAAUAAAUCUAUUCACCAUGUUAAAAAAAAAAAAGCAACAGAAAACAGGAAAAGGGAGGUAGCAGGACAGGGCUAGACAGCCAGAGGCCUGGUGCUCCUGAGCUGCUCGAAGGCAGGCCUGGUGGCAGCAGCGCUGGAAUAAGAUAAAGGAUUAAUUAGGAAACGGGUCCAUGCAGCACAGGAUGCCCUUUUGUAGCUAAAAAUGACCUGGGGUUUCUGAGUCUCCUGCUGCUUCCUCCACCACCAUACCUGGUUUAUAUGGUGCUGAGGAUGGAGCCCUGGGCUUCAUUCACGCCAGGCAAACGCUCUGCCAACUGAGUCAUAGCAUGAUGAGGGCUUCAGUGUCAACCAGAUCUGCCUGUGGGAGGGCAGAGCAGUGGUUCUCAACCUGUGACUCUCUAUCCCUUGCCAAACCUCCACCUCCAAAAAUAUUUAAGGUUUAGAACAAUGGCAAAAGAAGUUAUGAAGGAGCAAUGAAAAUAAUUUUACAAUUGGGGGUCCCCACCACGUGAGGAGUUGUAUGAAAGGGCAGGUUAGGAAGUUGAGAACCACUGGGCUAGAGGGAUGAGUCGGCAGAGCAGGGACGUCUGGAAGGGCAGUGAUACAUGCUGCCUUCCCAUCCCCCAUGUCAGGCCCUGAACCCAGAGCAGGAACAGCAUGUGAUGAUCUCCAGUGGUCCUGACCCCACCCUGCUGAGGCCACCAGGAGGCUGCUGUCCCCAUCUCUAAUUAAUGACCUCUGUGAUUAAAUCAUCUCCGGGAACUUGGACUUGGAUGCCAUACUGGGAAGGAAACCCAUGAAUAAUGAAUGGGGCUGCCUAAUGCACUCAUUUAAAACCAAUUUCUAAAGGCAUCCUCACGAAGAGCAAUUCAUUCCCACGUAAAUUAAUAAGCAUGACACGGGGGUG